AUGGGGCAUGACCGCCCCGACUACCUGGCGCCAACUGUCGUCAGCACGGACCCGCUUCCCAAUUAUUUGCAGCCUCAGGCAGCAUUGCCAGGCACAGCUUGCCCGGGUGAGGCUCGGCCCGCGAAUCUGAGCUCAUGGAAUUACGACCUGGACAAAAACGACCAAGAAAUAUCCCGUCAUAGCAUCACCAUAUUUCGCGACGACCGAACAACCUUCGACGCCCCGAAAAACACCGACAAGAUGGCCUUCGUCAACGCACCCAACAAGGUGCCUUACUACCAGCGCUUCUACCAGACUGCCUACCGCAACCACCAGCGCGUCUGGAAGAUCGUGAGUCUUUAUUCGGAAGGAAACCCGAGGGAUAGCGUGGCGCGGCAAUUGGACUCUCGCUCACACUCAAACGUCAUACAGCACCCGAGGAGCAAAUACAUGCUUGUUCCCUACCUCGUCGGUCUUUGGGGAGGUCUCGGAUUGAGCCUGUGGGGUCUUGGACGUAAGGCCGCUGGCUAUAACUCCUACUGGGGCGAGAAAUAG